AAGCCAGGUUUCUCUCCAGUCUAGGCUCUUGGGCUUCAUGGAGCAGCAACUAAGGCCAUACACCAGCCCGGAGCAGGGGGGGCUGGUUACCUGCAAUGAGCCCUGCUCCUUCUCCAGCAGGUUCCUGUGCCAGAUCCUUCAGCUGAGUUUUGUCAAGUACCUGCUGAAGAUCCUUCAGAAAGCAUCAGUCUGGAUUGGAUUUGUGGUCCCUGUGGAGACCGUUAUCAGCAAAGUCUACCCCACACAGUCUCCCACCAGGCCUGGACGACUUGCCAAGAAGCGCCGGGGGAGGCUAAUGCGCCUCCUCCUCUCCAUUGUCCCCACCAGGAUCCAGAACAUCCUGGGCUACCUGCCAGCAGACUGGGGCCAGAGCAACAUGCCCAAGGAGAUCCUAGAAGCUCUGAUCAACCCAUCUAACAAAGCAAACAAGAGGAAGCGGGAUGAUGUAGCUCUGGAGGAGCAAGAGUCCUGGUUGGUGGUACUGGAGAGGGACCUGCCAGAGGAUGACUCUGAAGACAUCACAUAUGAGCCCUCAGAUGUGGAAACAGAUAGUGAGGAGUACAAGUCCCAGAAUGACACUGAGGCAGACCUGGAACUUGAAGAGCAGGAUGGGAUCACUACGCUGAAGGAGUCAUCAAAUCUCCAGAGCUGCAGUCUAACCAUGCCCCUGUCUCUGCAAGUGAAGGACGUACAACCCGCUGGGGUUAGUGAUACCCUAGAGCUGCUGGCUGCAAGCACAGAGCUGGGAGCAGAGGAUCCAGCUGGGUCCAGCAGUGGGGAAGAUGUUCCAGAUGUCGAUAGUGGUGCUGGUGAUGCCCAGAAGCCACAAGCUGAUGUGAGCAGUGGGGAUGGCAGUGAGCAGGAGGCUGAUGCAGACUGUGAUGACAGCAGCAGUUUGUCACAGUAUGGGGAUAAGCAGAAACCCUGACCCAUGGACCUGGACCUCUGCUGUGGCUGCAAAGCGCCUGGUUCUCUGGGGCAGCUGUGUCCUCAAGUAACAUGUCCAGUUAAAUGCUAUGUUGAUAUCUUUUGAACUUCAUAAUAAAAUUACCCUAUUUUUUCAUGUGAA